UUUUAUUUUUUUUUGAUUUGAUAUUUCCAAAGAUCUUUAAUUUAUUUAUAUAUUCAUUUAUAUAUUCACUUCUUUACUCAAAUUUAAUGUUUUUUCUUUUGUUGUUAGUUUGAUCAUUUAGGUUUUUGAGGGAAGAAAAGGUCUCAUUUUUGUGGGAUUUUUGAAGAGUUUUUGAGUGGAUUUAUGUCGGAAAAUUCCAUUCUGGAAUUCACAAGAGCUCCUUCAUUGAGGCUCAACCCAGUCAUUUUUUCUUACUCUUGUAUGCUUCUAAUCUUCUGCUGCUGUUGUUCUUCAAUGCGAUUGAGGCCUAAAAGGACUUGUUCUGGAGUAGAGUGUUUUGGGGGUUUUCAUAUAAAAAGAUUCAUAGAUCUAUUCCUUUUCUUCCGAGAAACUCUCACUUGAUAGAAAGUAAUCAUUUUUAUUUUCCUUGAUUUUUUUUUUAUUUUCAGAAAUUUUGCAGGGUUUUGAGGGUUUUAGCCAAAGAGGAUUACUUUUUUUCUUUUCUGUUCUACAUCUAGGAAGAAAUCAAACCAAAAAUGUUGGACCUUCAAAACCCAUUGUUGACCCAAAACAGUUUUUACAACAAGACUAGGAGUACCAAACCCUUAAGAAAAGUUAGGGUUAUAUGUCAUGAUCCAGAUUUGACUGAUUCUUCAUCUGAUGAAGAAAUAGUAAGUAAGAGAAAAAGAGUAUCUGGAUCAAAGAAACAAUUUAUUAAGGAGAUUAAUUUGCCAUCAAAUAUUAUGAACAAGUACCAAUUAGUUGCUUUGACUGAGAGUUCUUGCCAUAGUAACAAUGGGAGCAAAAACCCUGAGAAGAAAAGAAGGGUUUUAGGCAUUCCCAAUACCAAAAAACCAUCUUCGUCUAAGUAUAGGGGUGUUAGGCAAAGGAAAUGGGGAAAAUGGGCAGCUGAGAUUCGUGACCCGAUUAAAUGUAAGAGGGUCUGGUUGGGAACUUUCAAUACUGCUGAGGAAGCUUCUAAUGCUUAUGAACUUAAGAGGAAUGAGUUUCAAUCUGUUUUAGCUGAGAAAAGCCAGAAUGCUUCAUGUUCUGUUGCUACUACUAAUACUACAUUAUCUGCUUGUCAUCAAUCCCAAAACCCCACUAUUUCCGAGGAAUUGGAGAGUGUUGUAUCCCUCAACUCUCCUGCAUCUGUACUUGAAAUGGAUACAUCCGUUUCGCAGAUGAAACCUUGUACCGAUGAUGAGGAAAAGAAGCAAUUUAAUGAGUCUUCGAUUUGUGUUGAGGAGAACUUGGCUAUUAUGACCUCGAUCGAGGAGGAAUUCCAACUUAGUGAAUUAUUGCAUGGUCUUGACUUUAAAGAGGAGCUUGAUUCGUCGCUUAAUCUUGGUGAUUUAGAACUGUUUACAGCAAUGGAUGCAUUAGAUGAUGAUUUUCAAAUUGGUGGUUUUGAUUGUCAAGACACAACGAGUGUUCUCCCUGAGUUUACGUUCGAUUUCGAUCUUGAUAAUCUCGGCAAUGAGUGGAAUGAUGAGUUUGCUGGAUGGAUUGAUGAAACCCAUCAUGUUGCAGCUCUGCCCUUAAGUUUUGUAGCUAGUAAGUAAUACUUUAGUAGAAUAUAUUAACUUUGUUAUUAUAUAGGAAAAGUAUUCAGUUUUGUAUAAUCAAAUCUUAGGAGUUUUAAACUUAUGCUCUUGAGAUUGAUUGUUUUUGAGUGAGUUGAGUUGAGUAUUAAGGGUUGUUUGAUGAGAAAGUUGAGACUAUGUAGAGAUGGAUGAGGAAUGAGUUUUUGUUUUAAUUUUUGAAGUGAGAAAGGGUGGAAUCCUAUGGUUUUCCUGUGCUGUUAUAGCAGUCCAUUGGAUUCUUCUCUGCUUAAACAAUGUUAUUAUCAACUAUGGUAUCUGUUUGUAAUUCUCAUUUUCUCUUUAUCUCAGUUUUCACCAUAAUAGAUAAGACUAUGCAAGUAUUACAAGAA